GUGGGGCGGGAGAGAGGGAGGGCGGCAGCCGGGAAAAAGUUACCUCAGUUCCCGAAGCGCGGGCGAGCGGCUGGCUGCCAAUUUGCGACCCGAGUUGCCGGUAUUGCGAGACUGCUUUAUAAGUUGAUGUUAGGCACUGACUACCCAGCACCUCGGCAGCUGGAUGAAAGACAGAUGUGUGCAUGUGCUCUCACCUGGACUGGAACAGUGUGGCUUCUCUGCAGAUGGACUUUACUAGUUUGCCGUCUUCCCCUUGCUCCUUCCCAAGGUGUCCCUGAAACAUGGCAGUCAAAUGGACUGGUGGACAUUCGUCCUCUAUAUUGUGCUUGAAUGUAAACACGGAAGGGCUGGUGGCUUCAGGCGCAGAGAGAGGCGAGCUCACGCUCUGGGAUGGGGGAGGUGCUCCAGCAGGACAGCUCCAGCUCCCGAAGGCAGACGAUGUGACCUCUGUGGUGUUCUCUCCCCGCCGUCCCACCAGGCUGUACACCUCCCACGGAGAAACUAUCAGUUUGCUGGAUGUCCGAUCCCUCAAGGAGCCUGUUGAACAUUUCCACGUGAAUGAGGAGGAGAUCAACUGCCUCUCAGUGAAUGAGACCGACAAUUUCUUGGCAGCGGCAGAUGACUCGGGAGCAAUAAAGGUUGUGGACUUGGAAAACAAGAAAGUCAGCCGGUCCUUGAGACACUCAAACAUCUGCUCCUCUGUUGUCUUUCGACCUCAGAGGCCUCAAAGCCUUGUUUCCUGUGGACUGGACAUGCAGGUUAUGCUGUGGAACCUGCAGAAAGCUCGCCCCUUGUGGACCACAAACCUGCAGGAGUAUGAAAUGCCGGAAGACAGUCCACAGUCAGCCAGCCAGUUCUUUAACCCACCGCUUGCGCAUUCCCUGUCUGUCGCAUCGUGCGGCAACAUCUUUGGCUGUGGAGCUCAAGACGGUAAAGUCAGAAUAUUCAGAGUCACCGGUGUCAAGUUUGAACAUGAGCUGGAGUUUCAAGGUCACAGCUUGGGAGUGUCGCAGAUCCUUUUUAUGCCAGAAGCGUACUGGUUGUUGACUGGAGGAAAUGAUGGGAAGGUCUUGCUCUGGGAUGUCAGCAGUGAUGUUGGAAGGCGGCAGAAAAGUCCAGCAAAAUCUCUGCAGAGAAGGAAGGCCCAAGCACCUGCUUCCACCAGAAAAGAUGGAAAGGUCAACAAAGUGGCUUCAGAUGAACAUGCUAGAGUUUUACCAAAGCUAACCAUUGAGCACGGAGAGAAGGUGAACUGGAUCUCGUGCACAGAGAUCAAAGGUUCCAAGAGAGUAUUAGUUGCUGAUCAGAGUAGUUCUGUAUCUGUGUAUCCAUUGCCAGAAUCUUAGACACUGAGAUGUUUAAAGAAAUUUGUGGGAGAAAACCACUUUUCGAAGCAUUUGUAAUGUGUCCAGUUACAUCCGCUGACAAUGCACUGAACAGUGAAACCUGCUGCGUCCUUCAGAAGGGGAAGGGAUUUGCUGUGUCCUCACGCAAUUACUUGUGAUGUAACUGGCCUCAUGUCAUGUUUUUCUGUGGCUGUUGGUAUUCACUGCAGCUGUUUCUUGCGGAGUUGGCAGUUUGCUUCUUGAAUUUAAGUAAAACGGGUUUCACUGUAUUUAGGGGUAAUGUUAGUUCAUGACUAAGCUGACAUAAUUAGGGUUGGAGGAAGAAAUUCACGCUAACAGGGACACCCACAAUGCUAAAUGAGGAUGCUGGGCAGUAACAGACAUAUCAUUGGCUGAGCUCCUUGCAUUUUGAACUAUUGCAGUGCUUUACGUUAGUCUCCCCAUUAAACUGUGUCACAGUUAGCUUAAAUUGGCCAUAGUGGAAAUAUAUUUUUCAUUAGUCUGUCAGCAGCUGGAUAUAAGACUAGAGAAGCAUCAACUAAUGAGUAAUCAAAUUAGUUUAACUGUCAUUGCCAAUUGGAUUUUUUCACACUGCAGGAAACGAAGGAGCAGGGGAAAAUGUUAACAUCUGUUUAAUGGGUCAGCUGUCUUAUGCAUUUAGUUGUUUAUCCCAGGGAAAAAUAACUAUUACACUUGUUUUAAUAAAUGCUUUCUCUCUCA